AUGCGUCUCCUCAGUCUCGACAGUCAUGAUGAGCCCAUUCUAACCCAAGAUUUGACCAAGGAUAUUCCAGCAUACGCAAUACUGUCCCAUACAUGGGGAGCGGACGGAGAUGAGGUAACAUUCCAGGAUGUACAGAGUGGAUCCGGUCAGAGCAAGGCCGGCUAUGAUAAAAUUCGGCGUUGCGGCCAGCAGGCCAAAAAGGACGGGUUACAAUAUUUUUGGGUCGAUACUUGCUGCAUUGAUAAGUCCAGUAGUGCCGAAUUGACCGAGGCCAUCAAUUCGAUGUUCCAAUGGUAUCAACGGUCAGAAGUCUGUUAUGUGUUCCUUUCAGAUUUAUCGGAAUCCGCAUCUUUGGAGACCGAUUUACAACAAUGUCGAUGGCUCACGCGCGGCUGGACAUUACAGGAGUUUAUUGCCCCCAAAAAGGUCCAAUUCUUCGACCAAGAUUGGAACCACAGAGGCUCAAAGAGAAAUAGCGUGGAACGACUUUCCAACGCCACGGGGAUCAAUCCCGCCGUUCUGCGUCAUGAACAGCCACUUUCCACAGUUACAGUGGCCCAGAGAAUGUCUUGGGUCGGUCAAAGAGAAACCACUCGAAUCGAAGAUAUGGCAUAUUGCCUACUUGGAAUAUUCGACGUCAACAUGCCCUUAGUAUAUGGCGAGAAAGAGAAGGCAUUUCAGCGGCCGCAAGAAGAGAUUAUCAAGUCUACAUCUGACCUGAGCAUUUUUGCGUGGAGGAUGUCUCCCCCCUGGGAAGGACAUCAUAAGUCCAAGACUCGCCAUUAUUGUGGUGUGUUGGCAGAAACACCAUCAUGCUUCAUUGGGUGUUCUCAGAUCUCAAGAGAUGCGGGUUACGGAGGACAUCAGUUUUGGACAUCGAACAAUGGAAUUAAAACUCGCAUUCAGAUCUUGUCAGAACCCAUCAAAGGCAAGAAAAAGGCAUUUCGUUACAUUCUACCACUUGACUGCUACUGGACGCCUCAACGCUUCAUCGGCGUCAAGCUUAGGAAAUGUGGUCCCGACCAGUUUGUGAGAGAGGAUCCAUGGAGUCUCGUGGAAGACACCAGAGACUUCUACCCAAAUGGCCCAAGGGAGAGAUUCCUUCUGUCAAGGCUUCCUGGGAUCAACAUAUCCUCUCAUUUUCUGAUAACAGAUACAAGCGAGUUCAUUGCGCAAUCACGUUCACACGUGCUUCAGCUACGAUAUCCGUCUGAGAUGGUGACUAUUGACGGAUGGCCCUGGAGUCGGUUCGAUGACGAAGAUCAAGUAUUCUUCAUAAACAGUAACUCUCCGGGCUACUGGGAUGCUUGUUCAAAGAGACUCGGCAUCAACGUCACCGUCCAAACAGGCGAGCGAGAAGUCGAUGUUGACAUUGAGUGUAUGUUUUAUGCACUGGGCUGGUCGUCAUUAGAAGUCGAUAACCUGCAAUGCACUUUGGUUGACUAUCGAUCAUUUCAUGCUGCAUUGACCGAAGUUCAGUCCCAGAUUACCUCCUGGGAUCAUGAUAGUCGUCAGGUCCUUGAGCAGUUAGCCUGGAACAAGAUCCCCAAAUGCUCUCUGGUCACGGUCAAGAUUGCUGGAUCAGACUGUAGCGUCGCAAUAUCAUUCAAACCUACUCUUGUCAGGGAUAAGAAGGUUUGUCGAGGACAAUUCUGGAGGAUUAGCUUUUCUUGUGACGUUUUCCAAUCCGGGAGCCUCCCUCAUGUCAUUGAUGAGGAGUGGAAUAUCGAUCAUGCUUAA